AUGCCAGACUUCAUCGUCACUACGGUCCGCAGUACUAGCGCUUACAGGGAUUAUCCUAUGGGUGCUUGGGCUGCAAAAUCAGGAGCGGGGCAUUCGGAACUAUUCUUCAACUACGUUGGACAAUACUGGGGCGUUCAUGCCAUUGGCGAAGUUUGGGCAGAGAUCCUCUGGGUUAUCGAGCAGGAAUUCACUAAGAAGCACGGAUUUGCGGACACACUCUUCCCACCCCAGCCCGAUGAAAAUGGCGACAUCCCAAAGGGAGAUUUCUAUCACAAGAAGGAGCACAGGGCCAACGCCACCAAGAAGCCUUUGAGACAUAUCCGUAUACUGAGUCUGGUCUACCAUAGAGUCCUGAUGCAACCAUUAUUGGCUCCAUUCCUGGGGUGGAGGUGUCCGCACUGA